UUCCACAUACGAAACUUGCUGAGAUUAAGGGACACCAGAACUGGGUGAAAGUUAGUGGUGAUUAUCUUACGUUUCCUGGUGGUGGAACCCAGUUUAAACAUGGAGCACUUCAUUAUAUUGAUUUCAUACAACAGUCUGUACCUGAUAUUGGUUGGGGAAAGCGAUCUCGGGUGGUAUUAGAUGUUGGGUGUGGGGUUGCUAGCUUUGGAGGCUAUCUCUUUGAUAAAGAUGUGCUCACCAUGUCUGUGGCCCCGAAAGAUGAACAUGAAGCACAGGUUCAAUUUGCACUUGAAAGAGGCAUCCCUGCUAUAUCUGCAGUAAUGGGCACCAAGAGACUUCCAUACCCUGCAAGAGUAUUUGAUGUUGUCCAUUGUGCUCGUUGUAGGGUCCCCUGGCACAUUGAAGGCGGUAAACUACUGUUGGAGCUGAACCGAUUACUUCGGCCUGGAGGCUACUUUGUGUGGUCUGCUACACCUGUUUACCAAAAACUUACAGAAGAUGUUGAGAUCUGGGAAGCCAUGAAACAGCUAACAAAGGGAAUGUGUUGGGAAGUGGUUUCAAUAACGAAAGACAGAGUAAAUGGAGUUGGUAUAGCAAUAUAUCAGAAGCCUAUGACAAACGAAUGCUAUGGACAAAGAUCAGAAGAUAAACCUCCACUCUGCCAUGAAUCUGAUGAUCCAAAUGCAGCCUGGAGUGUACCAUUGCAAGCGUGUAUGCACAAAUUACCAACUGAUGCGACAGAACGAGGAUCUCAGUGGCCAGAGCAAUGGUCAGAGAGGUUAACGAAGACACCUUAUUGGUUAUUGGGUUCUCAAAUUGGAGUGUAUGGCAAACCAGCACCGGAGGAUUUCACAGCAGAUCAUGAACAUUGGAAGCGGGUGGUGAACAAGUCAUAUCUUGGAGGACUGGGAAUUAAUUGGUCCACUGUGAGGAAUGUGAUGGACAUGAAAGCUAUUUAUGGAGGGUUUGCUGCUGCUCUAAAGGAGUUGAACGUAUGGGUGAUGAAUGUUGUCCCAAUAGACUCCCCAGAUACACUUCCAAUUAUCUUCGAGCGAGGUUUAUUCGGAACGUAUCAUGAUUGGUGCGAGUCGUUCAGUACUUAUCCUAGAUCAUACGAUCUUCUUCACGCUGAUCAUCUAUUCUCAAAGAUCAAGAGAAAAUGCAACUUCAAGGCUUUGGUAGCUGAAACAGACCGUAUACUUAGACCGGAAGGAAAGCUGAUAGUGCGGGACCAUGUAGAUAUAAUAAGCGAACUGGAGAGUUUGUUUAGAGCAAUGCAAUGGGAGAUAAGAUUGACGUACUCUAACGACAAUGAAGGUCUGCUUUGCGUUCAGAAGACAAUGUGGCGCCCGAAUGAGAUGGAGACAAUCACUUAUGCCAUUGCUGCUUGAAAGAUAAAACAAACAAUUGUGUUCCUAAUUGUAUUGUAUUCAUUCCUUAGCUGUGUCAUCCCUUUUUUGAUAUUGAAAGUAGUUGCGAAUGGG